AUUGAUUAAAGGGUGUUUGUUUUGAUUGAAUAAGUCGACAGGUAAAUUCGCUUAAACUAUAUGUUUGAAAAGAAACGUGCUAAAGCGUGCGUGUAAAUGAACAGAUUGAAAAUCUUACCUUUGCGGGAUGACAGUUUGAAAAGUAAAUUAUUGGAGCUGAAACGCACGUUCGAAACAAGCUAUGGACCAAGUGGGAAACUGAAAUUAUUCGCUGAACAGAGUGGAGAACAAAGUUAUGGAUCGUCUUCAACUUUGUUCUUACGUUCUGUGGUAAAUCUAUACGAAGACGAUCCCGUAAUAAAACUACUGUUUACAAGCAUCAAAGAGCACUUGAAAAACUACAAAGAUUUCGGUUUGUUUUGUAGUUUUACAUGCCUGUCGUUACUUCAUAGCGGUUUAACAACGGACGUACCAGCGUCCGUGGUAACCCAGUGCUACGAAAAAUUUUUGUGCGAAAUUUCAGACUUUAUUUCCAGCUCGGCUCUCAGUUUUGACGUCAGUUCAUUGACAUCAUUUACAAAGCUGUUAAAUGGGGUAAUUUGGACCAAGCCAACUCUAAAACUUACUGUAAAUGAAGUGGAGACCUGGUCAAUGCAGAUGUUAAAAGCCUGCAUAAAACAAAUGCCUUGUAAAGGCUGGAGACCAAGUAAUCCAUUACCAGCAAUCACUUAUCAACAGAGCGCACUAAAACAAAACCCACAAGUGUUUGAUGGAGUUAUACUCGAACUAUAUCAUUAUACAGCAAGUGAUUUACAUGAUAUUUGUGCUGUCGUUUCUAUGAAACAAAACCGCCGAGUCAUGGUAAUAAACCUGACACAAAUUGCUGACUCACAAACUGAAAUGUUCAAAAACUCAACCAAAUCUGAAGUGAACAAAUUCUCUGAAAAUGAAACUAAAAAGUUCAUGCAAAAAAUUGUGGGCUGUAAAAUUUCAAUUCUAUUUAGCCAAAGAAUCGUUUCAGACGAAAUAAAAAAGUUCCUUUCUGAACAAAGUGUCACUGUAAUAGACCGGAUAGGUCGUGAUGCAAUUGAUUCGGUAAAGGACAUCACAAGGUGUAAGAUAAUUGAGUAUUUUUGUGAAGAACCAAUUCAUUGUAUUAGUACCAUUGAUGAUAUAAGAGAAAUUACUUUUAAUGGGAAAUCGUACAUUCUUUUAACAAAUUCUUCAAUUCCUAUGUGUUCUAUUAUAGUAUUUUAUUCAAAUCCAGCAAUUGAGCAUGAUGUUCGACAUAUAUGCACUGCUGCGUUACAUACAUUCUGGCAAACAGUAAACAGCCAAAAGGUUUUACCUGGUGGCGGAAAAUUGGAAAUUGAAAUAGCAAGAAAUUUACGCAGAAUUUAUUCAAACCAAAACACCCACACCGAUAUUCCAUGCACGAAAAGUCAAUUCCUGAUUUGUUUAGAAAAUUUUUGUUCUGUUUUUGACCAUAUUGGUCAUAUGCUGCAUGACAGUCCAAAUAAUUGCCCUGUAAUUCAGGACUGUUAUACCUCAAAAUAUAACGCUAUAAUGGUGGCUGUGCAAACUGCUUGCAUGGUACUAGGUAUACAGUUUCAUAUAACGGAUUAAUCAUUUUUAAUUUCUUUAAAAUUUGCUAACAUUACCAGUUCACUGUAUGUUGUGCUUAUAUGAUACAUAAUUCUGCAACCUUAUUCAUUCAUAUUUGUUGUGCUCUGAUUCUGUAAGUUGUAUUAUUUAAUCUGAAAUGCAUAAAUACCUUUUUCCAUUUAUAUGCAAGUUGUUGUUCCAAAAACUAAGAUAUCUUUUUUUUCGCACA